AGGGAUGUGUUUCUACAACCAGAAGCGAUUUGCAUGCGGAGACUGGAGCUGGACAAGUUUUGCUCACCGCUGCAAUUAUGAGUACCGCACUGGAGAGACCUGCGGUAUGCGACUCGUCAACGUGACCGAGUUUGAAACGACACAAUGCCGCCUCUGCGAAAAGAUCGAGACCAAGUAUCGGCGGCGAAGCGCCGAGACGGAACGGUUGAACCGUUGGAAACGGGAGGGAGGCACUCUCGUAGCAUCCAUGGAACGCUCACAAAAACUCAUCGGAGAACUCGAAAAAGAAAUCCGCCAACUGCUACGAGAGCGUGACGAUAGAAGGAAGGCACUGACAUGAAGCAAACGUCAAGGACUUUGAAGCCAUGCGUUGGGCCACUUGCUGUUAUUUUUCGUUUGUGCUUAGGAUUCCCUCUUCGGUUCUGUCUUUCGGUUUCAAAUCGUGUUCCUGGUUGUAAAUUCUAUGUCUCACAAAGGGUGUGUCACUUUGCUCCUUUAUUUCGGAAUUUUCUUUUUUUUUUCUAUGUGGUCAUCGAAUCGGACAUGUUUCUUCAGGCUGGACCCGCGCAAUGGUUGGAGG